AUGUCUCACAUCGAGCAGUAUCUAGUUGGAAAUCUGCUACCUAGAGACGCAUCCGGUCGGUACAAUCUGAUUCUGCAGAUCGCGAAGAGUCCCGAGGGUAUUGCAGACGUGGUUGAUGCAAUGCAUGAUGUCGAACCGCCCUUGCAACUUACUCUGCCACCCGUCGAGGACGAUUCCGUUGGCGAUGAUACGCCCAAAUUCGUGAAGACCCUCAACUUCAUCAAGAACAACCUGCCAAGGGACAACAACGAUGAGUUUCUGUUGAAGAUACUGGUACAAUGCAUGAGGGCCAAUGUUCAGCAUUAUGUCAUCCUAUUUGGUUCGCAGGCCAAUUGCUGGAUCAAGGACGGCACCUGUAAGCAUUGCGAAACCUUGAUUGCCUUCGUCGACAGAGACAGGUGCUCUUGUCUCCGACACAGAGGUCACAAGUUGUACGGAUUCCGUGACCGAAUGCCGCCACGAACAGAACACGCAGUCCACCAACAGCGGGAAUUACGCAACGAAGAGGAGGCGCAGGCGGCAAGAGUACAGGUCCUCUUGGAUGAGUUUCCUCCAGAAGACGAUGGCGAACCUGAGUUCAUCUGGUCCUGCUGCCAUGCUGGUGAGCGAUACACUAGGUGUGUGUUUCUGCCACACGUCGCCAAGUCCCGAUGGGAGCUGUGCAGCGACCGACAGAUGGAGGGUCACUUCAGAUCUCUGGAGAUGAAGUGA